CUCGUGGUGUGCGGUUGUUGCUUGUCGCGAUCGUGCUUGGAAUUGACUUUUGCGGCAUUUUUAUAAGGAUCAAUGCAACGCGUGGUUUUCCUGCGAAUCUUGGCACAAGUUCUUAUUAAAAGAAAAAGAAAUAUAUGUAUGGCAUUGGCGUUUAUCACAAUAAUCCACAUCGCCAUUUAGUUCGGCGGUUUUUCAACGACUUGUGUUUGUGUGUGCGUGCCACUUGAAACGCAACGCAAGUGGAAAGACUCGAGAAAACAAAAGUGCAGGCCGUCUAAAUUGAUGGCGAAGUUUCGUGUGCCGCCUGCAUUUCAUUUAUAAAUAUAUUUUCGGCCUUAAUUCUGUGCUUCCUGUGAAUUAACGAGGAAACUGAAGAGUGCGCGAGCGAGAGGGCCGAUCACAAAUCAACAAGUGGACACGGAGAAACUUUCUUCGCAAAAGCCGGCUGAUCGCAACAACAAGAAGAAAAGAGAGCGAUUCUCUGCGACUGGAAGCAUAACAUUUACAUCGCCCCUGGAAUUUCUUCAGUUUUCGUCCAACAUGGCUCCCAACGCCUGUCUGAUUGAGUUUUCCGUGGCGGCUGUUGAUCAGGAAAGCCGCCUGGAUGCGUUUCUGCUUUGAUCGGCUGUGCUUCGCAACCAAGCGGCCAGCCCAAAACUCCAACAGCAAUGCACCACACAGCAGCGGCACUGUAGAUGCACCACCACGUCCAGCGGAUGUAGAUGUAGCCACUGUCCCAGUAGCACCACAAUCACCACCACCACAACAGCCAGUUAGUAAUCUGUUCUAUGCCGACUACCAGAAGCUGCAGCCGGCGAUAAUCGAUCGGGACUGGGAGCGGGACAGAGAUACAGACACAGAUACCAAGAGCGAGGCCAAGCCACCGGACAUUGGGGAGCACAUAGAACCCGUAGAGCAGCAGAGACAGAUACACACACAGAUACAGUCGCCGGCAGAGAUACAGAUACAGAUACCCCCGCCGCCCCCUGCCCAAUCGAUACAGCAGCGCUAUCGCCGGCACAGCAGUGCCGAAGAUCGCAAUCUGAACACGAGGCGAAACGAUUCGAAUACUACGGAGGCGUUACGAAAAGCAGCCAGUAUGCAGCAGGAGCCGAACGCCAACUAUCAGUUCCCAACCGACUUGGGUCUGGUGAGCAUCGUCAACAAUAAUAAUAACACAAACACCCAUCCGAGUGGAUCCAACAGCGGCAGCAACAACAACAGCAAUAUCAACAAUAAUCUGGUGGGUGGCAUUGUGACCUUGCCGGCGGCUGGUGGUCUCAUAGGUCUGGAGCAUACGGCGUCGGGUCUGCGACUGAUACCAGCACCGCCUACCCACUCGGAUGUGCUGACCCACACGCUGAUCUAUGGCACACCGCCCUCGGGCGCCCAGCAAUUGAACCAGGAUCCCCGAACCCUUCUGCACCAACAGGAGCUGCAGCUGCAGCAGCGCUAUCAGCAAUUGCAGCAGCUUCAGGCGCAGACGCAGGGCCUGUACACCAGCCAAGGAAGUCCGGUGCUGUAUCACCAACCCAGUCCGGGAUCGAGUCAACCGGUGGCGAUACCCGGAGCCACUUGCCAUUCGCCCACGCAACUGCAGCCGCCCACCACGCUGAACCUGCAGCAGCAGAUGCAGAGUCUGCGGAUCUCGGGAUGCACGCCCAGCGGUUCGGGUGGCUCGGCCACGCCCUCGCCGGUGGGCCUGGUGGAUCCGAACUUCAUAGUGAGCAACUAUGUGGCCGCCUCGCCGCAGGAGGAGCGCUUCAUUCAGAUCAUUCAGGCCAAGGAGCUCAAGAUACAGGAAAUGCAAAGGGCCCUCCAGUUCAAGGACAACGAAAUAGCCGAGCUCAAGUCCCACUUGGACAAAUUCCAGAGUGUGUUCCCCUUCAGCCGCAGCAGUGCGGCAGGAUGUGCGGGCACGGCCGGAGCAUCGGGAUCUGGAGCCGGCGGAAGUGGCGGCAGUGGUCCCAGCACCGCCACAGGUGCCACCCGCAAGUCGGGUCAGAACUUCCAGAGGCAGAGGGCAUUGGGUAUCUCCGCCGAGCCACAGAGCGAGUCCUCACUGCUCCUCGAGCACGUCAGCUUUCCCAAAUACGACAAGGAUGAGCGCUCCCGUGAACUUAUCAAGGCUGCCAUAUUGGAUAAUGAUUUCAUGAAGAAUCUGGAUCUGACGCAGAUCCGCGAGAUCGUCGACUGCAUGUACCCGGUCAAGUAUCCAGCCAAGAAUCUGAUCAUCAAGGAGGGAGAUGUCGGAAGCAUCGUUUAUGUCAUGGAAGAUGGACGCGUGGAGGUUUCCCGCGAGGGCAAGUACCUCUCCACAUUGUCGGGUGCGAAGGUCCUUGGUGAACUGGCGAUCCUGUACAACUGCCAGCGGACGGCGACCAUCACCGCGAUCACCGAGUGCAACCUGUGGGCCAUCGAGCGCCAGUGCUUCCAGACCAUCAUGAUGCGAACGGGCCUGAUCCGGCAGGCGGAGUACAGCGACUUCCUCAAGAGUGUGCCCAUCUUCAAAGACCUGGCGGAAGACACGCUCAUCAAAAUCUCCGAUGUCUUGGAGGAGACGCACUACCAGCGUGGCGACUAUAUAGUGCGCCAGGGCGCCCGAGGCGAUACCUUCUUCAUCAUCUCCAAGGGAAAAGUGCGAGUGACGAUCAAGCAGCAGGACACGCAGGAGGAGAAGUUCAUUCGCAUGCUGGGCAAAGGGGAUUUCUUUGGAGAAAAGGCUCUCCAGGGCGAUGAUCUGCGCACGGCGAAUAUUAUUUGCGAGUCCGCCGAUGGCGUCAGUUGUCUGGUCAUCGAUCGCGAGACCUUCAAUCAGCUAAUUUCCAAUCUGGACGAGAUCAAGCAUCGCUACGACGACGAGGGCGCCAUGGAACGCAGAAAGAUCAACGAGGAAUUCCGGGACAUAAACCUCACAGAUCUGCGGGUCAUCGCAACCCUUGGCGUUGGAGGCUUCGGUCGCGUAGAGCUGGUCCAAACUAAUGGAGAUAGCUCCAGGUCCUUCGCCCUCAAGCAGAUGAAAAAGUCACAGAUCGUGGAGACGCGUCAGCAGCAACACAUCAUGUCCGAGAAGGAGAUCAUGGGCGAGGCCAAUUGCCAGUUCAUCGUGAAGCUGUUCAAAACCUUUAAGGACAAGAAGUACCUGUACAUGCUGAUGGAGAGUUGCCUGGGCGGAGAGCUCUGGACGAUUCUGCGGGACAAGGGCAACUUCGACGACAGCACCACCCGCUUCUACACGGCGUGUGUAGUGGAGGCCUUUGAUUACCUGCACUCGCGUAACAUCAUCUACCGCGAUCUUAAGCCGGAGAACCUGCUGCUCAAUGAACGAGGAUAUGUGAAGCUGGUGGACUUUGGCUUUGCCAAGAAGCUGCAGACGGGCAGGAAGACCUGGACUUUCUGCGGUACUCCAGAGUACGUGGCUCCAGAGGUGAUUCUCAACCGGGGCCACGACAUCAGUGCGGAUUACUGGUCGUUGGGAGUGCUCAUGUUCGAGUUGCUUACUGGUACCCCUCCGUUCACGGGCUCGGAUCCCAUGCGCACCUACAACAUUAUACUUAAGGGCAUCGACGCCAUCGAAUUCCCAAGGAAUAUCACCCGCAAUGCCAGCAACCUGAUCAAGAAGCUCUGUCGCGACAAUCCCGCCGAGCGUUUGGGCUACCAGCGUGGGGGAAUCAGCGAGAUCCAAAAGCACAAAUGGUUCGAUGGCUUCUAUUGGUGGGGCCUGCAGAACUGCACCCUGGAACCGCCCAUUAAGCCCGCCGUGAAAAGCGUGGUCGAUACAACAAACUUUGAUGACUAUCCUCCCGAUCCAGAGGGUCCGCCGCCAGACGAUGUCACUGGAUGGGACAAGGACUUCUGAGGAGAAUUAGAACCCGUUUCCUAGACGAUGCUCUCUAAACGCUUCUGCUGCAGAAAACCAGGAGGAUAUGAAAGCCAGGAAGGAAAAAUUGAUCUUAAGUGCGCCAUAUGUACGCCAAAGCCAACAGCAACAGUCAGCAGCUCGCAUUGAAAAGCUGCCCAAAAAAAAACAAAGAAACGUAGCAGUCGCAAGGCCAAGGGCCGACACAAAAGCACAAUCAUCCAUCGUCGUAGCUCCAUUUGAGAUUUAUAGAUACGUCUCCGUGAUGUUAUACCCAUGAUGUGCAACGCAAUGAAUUUAUUAACGAGUUUAUAACUAUUAUUUUAUAAUGAGGAUAUAUGUGUCUAGUUCGCUUGGAAUUGAUGUAAAUUGUAAGUAGGUCUGUGACUCUGUUCGAGAGCUCUGUUAGCCAUGUGCAUUGUAUAAAUUCAGCUAUUUGUAUCUAUUAAAUAUUUUUAACAUAAUUAUUACACAUCAUUGUUAAAGCAUACAAAUCGGGUUGCCUUAUAGUCUGUAAGAGAACAUUUGAAAGCAACAUUUGACCAAGAUCUUCCGUCACACAUUUCUUAAAAUUCUAUGUGGCCUCUCUACUGUCUUUCAUUAGUCUUAGCGAUCAUGUCUAUUAUAUGUACGAAUAACAUGCCCUUUUAAUUGUCUUUUUUAAGUAAAUCAGCUAGAAAUUGAAUAAACAAAUUGAUCCGAUAAA